AUGGCGCCAAAGGCCCCCAAGUUCGAGAUCAAGACGCCUAAGGGCACUAGAGACUGGUCCGGGUCGGAUAUGGUACUCAGGGAGAAAAUCUUCAAGACCAUUACCGAUGUCUUCAAGCGUCACGGCGGUAUCACCAUCGACACGCCCGUAUUUGAACUGAAGGAGAUUCUUGCAGGCAAAUAUGGCGAGGACAGCAAGCUCAUUUACGACCUGGCAGACCAAGGUGGUGAGCUUUGCAGCUUGCGAUACGAUUUGACAGUCCCCUUCGCUCGGUACCUGGCCAUGAACAAGGAUGUGACCCAGAUCAAGCGUUAUCACAUUGCAAAAGUCUACCGAAGAGAUCAGCCAGCAGUCAAAAAAGGCCGCAUGAGAGAAUUCUACCAAUGCGACUUUGAUAUUGCUGGCGUGUAUGACCCCAUGAUUCCGGACGCCGAAAUCAUCAGAAUCGUCAACGAGGUUUUCGAGGGCCUAGGUUGGCAGGGGAAGUACACCAUCAAGCUCAACUCUCGGAAAAUCCUCGACGGGCUUUUCCAAGUGUGCGGUGUCCCCGACAAUCUCAUCCGCCCGAUCUCCUCUGCCGUGGACAAGCUCGACAAAAUGCCUUGGGCCGACGUGAGGAAGGAGAUGGUUGAUGAGAAGGGGCUGGCUCCCGAGGCCGCCGACAAGAUCGGUCAAUAUGUCGUGCUCAAGGGCCAGCGGGAUCUCCUCGAGAAGUUGAAGCAGGAUGAGGCUCUGGCACCAAACCCGUCCAUGCAGCAGGGUUUCUCAGAUAUGGAUCUGCUCUUCACCUACCUCGAAGACUUUGGUGCCUUGCACACCGUUUCCUUUGACCUCUCCUUGGCCAGAGGCUUGGACUACUACACGGGAGUUAUCUACGAGGUUGUAACAGAAGGGUCGGCGCCUGCGAUCCCAGCUUCAGAGGAUGCCAAGGAAAAGCCUUCCAAGAAGAAGGGCGGCAAGCCCAGUGAUCCCGACGAGGACCGAUCCGACGACCCAACCCUCGGCGUGGGGUCUGUUGCCGCCGGUGGCAGGUACGACAACCUUGUUGGCAUGUUCUCUGGGAAAACACAGGUGCCAUGUGUCGGUAUCAGCUUCGGCAUUGACCGGAUUUUCUCUAUCAUCAAUGCGUCCCAAAAGAAGAAGGAGCGGAAGAACGAAGUCGACGUUUUUGUCAUGGCAUUCGGGGGCGGCAAGGAUUUCAGCGGGUUGCUGAAGGAGAGAAGUCAGGUCUGUGCCCGGCUGUGGGAUGCAGGCAUUAAGGCCGAAUUCCUUUACAAAGUAAAGCCGAAGCUACAGAACCAGUUCAAGGCUGCAGAAGCAAAUGGCGUGCCGUUUGCCCUGAUCCUGGGCGAGGAUGAACUCGCCCAAGGCAAGGCAAAACUCAAGGAGAUGGGUCUUCCCGAUGACCACCCGCUGAAGGAGGGCGAGCUCAUUAGUCUGGAUAACCUCGUCGAGGAAGUACAACUACGGCUCGCACGGAAGCAACAGCUCGACAGCAUCGCGCGGCAAGCUGAGGGGCUGAAAGUCGUCGACGGAAUCAAAGGUGACGAGGUCAAGGCCUCCGCAGAGGCAGUCCAGCCUACGGAAUGA